AUGAUCAUUGGAGUGGACAGUUAUUACGACCUACUUCUCGAGGGUCUCAUUCGCCUCGGUUCAGGGCAGCCGGUGCUGCAAAAUACAUUGCUUGGAUGGGUCGUGUCUGGUAGAGUCGGAACUAGCCGACCAGAUCCGAAAAUAGUCAGUAUCGUUCACGUGUGUACUCAGGAUUUCGACGAGAAGCUAUCCAGAUUUUGGGAACUAGAAUCUUGCCAGUCAUCUAGCACCAUGUCAGUGGAAGAAUCGAUUUGCGAGGAUAAUUUUGCUGCGACGACCACGAGAGAUGCCUCUGGCCGAUUCAUUGUGGAACUUCCGGUAAAACCGUCCGUUGUGUCCAUGUUGGGAAACUCCUACGAAAUCGCCAAACGUCGCUUUCUGUCGGUGGAACGCCGUUUACAAGCCAACCCUCAACUCAAAUCCGCAUACUCGGCUUUCAUCGAAGAAUAUCUUCUGUUAGGACACAUGGAAGAGAUUACUGACAUCACGGUACCCACACAGUACACCCCCUACUACCUCCCACACCACUGUAUUCAGCGUCCGGAUAGCUUGACCACGAAGCUUCGCGUCGUGUUUGACGCGUCUUGUGUGACGGAUACUGGCAUUUCACUUAAUGAUGCGUUGAUGGUGGGGCCAGUAAUACAAGAUGAUCUUGUAUCUAUUAUUUUGCGUUGGCGAAUUCAUCAAUUCGUAUUUAUUGCCGACGUGGAAAAAAUGUUCCGUCAAAUCCUGAUGCAUCCCUCGUUUCGAUGUCUUCUGCGAAUACUCUGGCGAGAUGACCCUUCCCAGCCAAUUCGGAUCUUUGAACUGGCAACGGUUACUUACGGAACCUCUUCGGCACCAUACUUGGCCACUCGAUGCUUGCAAGAACUCUCCAAAGUAGGUCUACAGUCUCAUCCAGAUGCCGCAGAAGUUGUAGGCAAGGACUUCUACAUGGACGAUUUGCUAACGGGAUGUAGAGAUGUAGAAUCCGGAAGAAUUCUAGUCAAUCAGCUGCUCCAGCUUAUGUGCUCUGCUGGAUUCCAAUUAAGGAAAUGGUCAUCUAAUUCUUCGGAGCUUCUCGCCCACAUUCCGGAAUCUUUGCGAGAUGAACGCAACGUUCUUGGACUGGAUCCUGGCGCCUCGAUUAAAACCCUAGGGCUAAGGUGGGAACCAGCAUCAGAUGUUUUUGGUUUUCACGUUCCCAAAUGGAAGGACCACUCCCAUAUCACCAAAAGGAUUGUCGCUUCCGAUACUGCCAGUCUAUUUGACCCGCCAGGAUUUCUCGGACCCGUAAUAGUAGUCGCUAAAAUGUUUGUUCAGGAUUUAUGGCGCAGCAACCGUUCCUGGGAUGAACCUCUAGAGAAUGAAAUCCAGCAAGGUUGGCUGCAGUUUCGUUCUCAACUCGUUAUAGUCGAGACAAUUACCGUUCCACGUUGGGUUAUUCCGAUUGUAGAUCCGACCCACAUCGAACUCCAUGGGUUUUGUGAUGCCUCUGAACGAGCCUACGGGGCAUGCAUCUAUUUACGUGUCGUGUCUACCAGUGGGGAUACGUCUGUGAAACUUCUAACUUCAAAAUCGAAACUAGCACCGUUGGGAAAUACUCGCAAACAGAAAAAGAUCUGUCUAGCUCGGCUGGAGCUAUCAUCUGCAUUAUUAUUAUCCCACUUGUACCAGAAGGUCCAGAAAGCAUUGAACCUCUCCAUGAAGUGCUUUUUCUGGACUGAUUCCACGAUUGUGCUCCACUGGAUAUCGGCAGCUCCGUCCCGAUGGAAAACUUUUGUUGCCAACCGGGUUUCGGAAAUCCAACAUCUGACUGCUGAUGGAUUGUGGGCUCACGUUCCAGGAAGCGAGAACCCGGCGGAUAUAAUCUCCCGAGGAAUGCUACCAGCAGAACUCAAAUGCUGCACCGUAUGGUGGAAUGGGCCACCUUGGCUCAGUCAACCGAACCGAUUUUGGCCGCCUCUGGUUCGCCUUACAUCUGGAGACUUUCCUACUGACGAACUCGAAGAGCGUUCGAUAACACUUGUCAUUCAGACUAGGGAACCAGAUCCUAUCUUUGAUUUACGAUCCUCUUACGUCAAACUGGUAUCUCUAGUGGCACAUCUUUUGAGAUUUGUCCACAAUUGCAAGCAACGGAUGCAGCAGGAACGAAAAACUGGUUUUCUCCGUAUCAUUGAAUUUAACGAAGCACGGAACGUGCUCGUUCGUCUCGCCCAACAGGAAACUUUAGCCGACGAUAUCCACGCCAUAACAACUAACGGGGAAGUUAACCGCAACUCAAAAUUGAAGACUCUGACACCCAUUUUGGAAAAUGGAACACUCAAAGUGGGUGGCCGCCUUCAUAACGCCCUGAUUUCAGAAAACCGGAAACAUCCCAUGAUUCUUCCCGCAAAUCAUCGAUUCACGGAAAUGGUAGUCACACACUAUCACCUGAAGCUCCUGCACGCUGGAUCACAGCUUAUGAUCGCAAGCCUUCGCGAACAGUUUUGGCCACUGAGAGUACGCAACCUGGCGCGGAAAGUGGUGCAAGGCUGCAUAAAGUGUUAUCGUUGCAAACCUACUAUCCAAGAGCAGCUAAUGGGAGAUCUUCCCAGCGAACGCGUUACACCAACUUACCCCUUUUUGAAAACUGUUGUGGACCUCUGUGGACCUCUUUUUUAUCGCCACGUUGGCCGCAAAACUCCACCAGUCAAAUGUUUUGUCGCCAUUUUCGUGUGCCUGAGAAUUUAA